UUCAGUUCCCACUCUGUUCAGUUUCAGUGCUCGCAGCUCCUGCUCUUCUUCUCCUCUGAGCUUGAAGCUCUCCUUCACCAAGGCACAGGUAUUUGCAUAAGUUAUUAUCGGCUAUAAAGGAGCGACAGACGCGUUCACUCAGCUCGGCUAUGGAUGAAGGAGACAGGGUGAGAGCAUAAUUCGGUUUGAGAGGCCAUCGUAAAUUAUUCUCAGAGUCUGCGAUCGAUCCUGCAGCGGAAGAGAAAUCAUUUUUGCCCUGCUGCUUACACUGUAGUGUUCUGGAAACUACGUGAAGAGGCGGAUCACCUCCAGAAACUAGUGCCAUGGAGCCCAGCAGCCUGCUUUUCCUCUAGAGGACCAGCUCGCUGUGAGACGUCAGGAACCGGCCCGACAGACAGGUGCAUCACCCCCGAGGAUCUGUCCUGUGGAUUUGCGCGUUAUCACUGAGUCGGUCAGAAGGAGAAGAGGAAGCUAACCUAGUGAGGGACAAACCUCAAGCCAUGGCCGUCUAGCACCAGAUUUCUGUCCCUGAGUCACCAGAGAGACCUCGACGAAGCCAGUACCUGAUUAUAGAGAGCUUUGGUUUCUGUCAGACCAACAGUGGAGCUCGACCCAACAGAGAAGAUCUUAACAGCUGCUCUGGAGGACUGACGAUCCUGAACCAUGCAUCUCACCCCCCAAACCCUCUGUUUCCUUUUCCCUUUACUUUUUCUUAUCUCUUUCUCUGUCCCCUCAAAUGCUGUCUCAAAUGACCUACUCUCCUCCAGUGCCAACUGUUCCCAAGGUGCUGUCUGCUCUGAGGGUGUGAUCUUACCAGUAUGGAACCCUCAGAAUCCCUCAGUGGGUGAUAAGGUGGCUCGCUCCAUCGUCUACUUUGUGGCCCUGGUGUAUAUGUUCCUAGGGAUGUCUAUCAUUGCAGAUCGCUUUAUGUCUUCCAUUGAGGUAAUCACCUCCCAAGAAAAGGAGAUCACCAUCAAGAGGCCCAAUGGUGAGACCUGCACAGCUACAGUGCGCAUCUGGAAUGAGACCGUCUCCAACUUAACCCUUAUGGCUCUUGGAUCUUCAGCUCCUGAGAUUCUGCUUUCAGUCAUUGAGGUGUGUGGGCACCAUUUUGAGGCUGGAGAUCUUGGCCCAAGCACCAUUGUGGGAAGUGCUGCUUUCAACAUGUUUGUCAUCAUUGGCCUCUGUGUCUAUGUGGUGCCUGAUGGUGAGACAAGGAAGGUCAAGCACCUGCGAGUCUUCUUUGUGACAGCGGCAUGGAGUAUCUUUGCCUAUGUUUGGCUCUAUGUCAUCCUCUGUCUCAUAUCCCCUGGUGAGGUGGAGGUCUGGGAGGCUGUGCUCACCUUCUUGUUUUUCCCCGUGUGCGUGGUGCAGGCGUGGGUCGCCGACCGCCGCCUCUUCUUUUACAAGUACAAUCGCAAGCACUACCGUGCCGACAAGAGCCAUGGCAUUGUGGUGGAGACAGAAGGAGGGGAUGAAGGAGUGAAAGAGACAACCUUCAACAAGAUGGACAUGUUGGAGCUGGACGGCAUGGCAGCCCACCUGGAUGGAAUGCUGGGAGGAGAGGAUGGACUAGUUGGACGUGAUCAUGAGGAUGAGGCCAGGAGAGACAUGGCCAGGACACUGAAGGAGCUCAAGCAGAGACACCCAGAUAAAGACAUGGAGCAGCUUAUAGAGAUGGCCAACUAUCAGGUGCUGAUGCAGCAGCAGAAGAGCCGAGCAUUUUACCGUAUCCAGGCCACACGGAUGAUGACCGGGGCAGGGAACAUUCUGAAGAAACAUGCAGCUGAUCAGGCCCGGAAGGUGGUGAGCAGCGGAGAGACACGGGAGCAGGAGGACGACCCUUACACCACACUCCUAGAGUUUGAGCCUGCAGUCUACCAGUGCUUUGAAAACUGUGGCCUGCUGAAACUCACAGUGGCGAGGCAUGGGGGAGAUGCAGGGUGCACUGUAAAGGUUGACUUUCGUACAGAAGAUGGCACUGCCAAUGCUGGCUCUGAUUAUGAAUUUGCUGAAGGCACUCUGGUCUUCAAGCCUGGAGAGACCCUUAAAGAAGUGACUGUGGGCAUAAUUGAUGAUGACAUCUUUGAGGAGGACGAGUACUUCUACGUGCACCUGAGCAACCCACGCAUUGUGGACGGGACCGACGGUCACCUGGCGGAUGGGGGCACUCCGGCUCUGAAGGCGGCUCUGGGAGAGGCUCACAUGGCCACGGUGACCAUCUACGACGAUGACCAUGCUGGAAUCUUCACAUUUGAGAGCGAGUCGGCAAGGGUCAGCGAGAGUGUGGGCAUCAUGCAGGUGAAGGUCCAGAGGACGUCUGGCGCCCGGGGUCUUGUCGCUGUCCCCUACCGCACCAUCGAUGGUACAGCCCGUGGCGGAGAAGACUAUGAGGAAGCUUCUGGAAAACUGGAGUUCAAAAAUGACGAAACCAUGAAGAUUAUUGAAGUGAAGAUCAUUGAUGAUGAGGAGUAUGAGAAAAACAAAAUCUUCACGGUUGAAUUGGGCGAGCCUGUUCUCCUGGAGAUUGGACAGAAACAUGGGGACUCCAAUGAGAAAAAGCCCGCAGUAGGAGCAGAGGACGAAGAGGUUGCUAAGAUGGGAUGUCCCAGUCUAGGAGACCACAGCAGGCUGGAAGUGGUGAUUGAGGAAUCCUAUGAGUUUAAGAGCACAGUAGAUAAGCUCAUUAAAAAGACCAAUCUGGCUCUGGUAGUUGGAAGCAGCAGCUGGAGGGAGCAGUUUGUCAGCGCGGUUACUGUGAGCGCAGGUGACGAUGAUGAGGAAGAGAGUGGCGAAGAGCGCCUUCCUUCCUGCUUCGACUACAUCAUGCACUUCCUUACGGUCUUCUGGAAAGUUCUGUUUGCCUUUGUGCCACCCACUGAGUACUGGAACGGCUGGGCAUGUUUCAUCGUAUCGAUCUGUUUGAUUGGCAUGUUAACAGCAGUGACGGGUGAUCUGGCCUCUCACUUCGGCUGCACCAUCGGCCUGAAGGACUCCGUUACCGCCGUGGUGUUUGUAGCACUGGGCACAUCAGUACCAGACACCUUUGCCAGUAAGGUAGCUGCCAUUCAGGACCAGUAUGCUGACGCUUCCAUUGGGAAUGUGACGGGCAGCAACGCGGUGAACGUGUUCCUGGGCAUCGGUGUGGCAUGGACCAUCGCCGCUGUGUACUGGCGCAGCAAGGGCAAAGCCUUCUACGUGGACCCAGGCUCUCUGGCGUUCUCUGUCACACUCUUCACUGCGCUAUGUGUGGUGAGUGUGAGCGUGCUGCUGUAUCGCCGCCGCCCCUCGGUGGCUGGAGGAGAGCUGGGUGGUCCACGGACUUGCAAACUGGUGACGUCGUUAUUUUUCAUUGGUCUUUGGCUUAUUUACAUUUUACUGGCCUCACUGGAAGCUUACUGCCACAUUCCUGGAUUCUGAGACAGAAAUAAAGCAUGUGAAGAGAAUUUAACGUCUCACACUAGAUAAGCAGCUUCAUUCACCUUUUAGUAUUUAAGUGGACUGUGAGUGUCAUGUCCCACAAUCCCCCACCACCACCACCACCACCACCCCCUUUAAUCCUUAUCGCUUCUCUAAUGAAGUACCUUACUGUGGAUUCUUUUGUCCCUUUGCCUUAUUCUAAGAACUGUUAAAAAUCGUCUAUUCCAGUAACCAAUGAGCCUUUUCUUCCCCUCUUUCCUGUCUGAGCCAAUUCAAAGCUCCUUUUUCAGAUAGAAGGACAUCUGACUAUGUUUUUCUACACUUUUUGAAUGGCGUCAAGUGUCAGUAUUCUUAUCGUGUAAUUGUCAUUAUGGUAUUUUCAGAAGACAUUUGGAGCAAGACGGACUGUCAGUGACUAAGUGGAUAAAAUGAUGGCCUUGCUAUACAUGUUUGUGUAUUAAAGCGUGCUUCAAAAUGGAAGAAAACAGCAGAGGAUGUGGAGAGAUAAUAAGCGGAAUAAUUCUUUGAAGGAAGAGACACGCCGAGAAAAGCAACAUAAAAGAGCGUGAGACAGGUUUGAAAAUGAUUUGGAUGGUGCUGAAGAUUACAUACUAUUUAAAGCUGCAUGAGCUGGAUUUGCAGACCCCGCUGACACCUGGACGUACACUAAAGAGGAUUUCCAGUGACGACUUCCUGCUGACAACUUUAAGCUAAUUUAGUCCAAGGACGCAUUCUGUUUUUUUUUCCUUUUCGGAACGGCUAAGGGCACGUACCUGAAACUCGAGCAUGCCGUGAAGAAGAAAGAGCUGAGCUAUGCCAUGGUGGUCUAUACGGACAGUAGGAGGUGGCAUUUACAACAUGGCCACCACCCCCAACACGCCAAGGGGAGAAGUGUUACUAUGGAAAUACUGAACAGAAACAGGAAAUGACCUUUGCCAUGUGUGUUCAGUGCUUGUACUGUACACACGCUCCGUCCCUGCUUGUGUGUCUACAGGAACUCACUGACUUGUUCCAAAAUACAAGUAUUAUUAUUAUUAUUAUCAUUAUUAUUAUUUUAUAUCGAUUACUUUGUUCUUGAUGUCCAAGUCCAAUGGUACUGUACGUUAUCAGUCGUCACUGUUUGUCUGUGGCCACGGUCAGUAUUUGUUCCAGCUGGCUUUAAUCUGUGCUGUGAAGAUAAAGUGUCUGUGACUAUUUGUGUAGUGAUUGAAUAGGAGAGGGAGAAAGAAACAGGGAAAGUUAUGACUACUUCCUCCUUCUUCGUCUCCUCCUCUUCCUCCUAUCUCAAUCCUCUGUGUUUCUGUGCUCAGAAUAGUCAUCCACCACAGAGAAGAAAACGGAGACAGAGAGUCGAAAAAAAAUAAAUGUGUGACAGAUUUAGUACUUGUGCAGAUCUUUAGCUAUUCUAAGUAGCUACUGAUGCCUGAUCCAUUGUUUUGAGUGAUAGAAUGUGUGUGUGGGGUAUUUUUAGCUAUCACUGUUGCUAGGCGACCAUUGCAGAGUCAUUGUCUUAUGUGUGUGCGUGUUGAGCGCCUUAUAAGGUAGCUACUUUUCUUUCUGGCUAUGUGGUUGCUCUUAAUAAAUUGGAGUGCCAACCCAAAGCAUCAUGAUGCGGAAAUAAGUGUUAUAAUUGCACUCCAUAUCCAGAUAGCCAGAGUGUGAGUGUGUGUGUGUGUGUGAGAGAGAGAGAGAGAGAGAGAGAGAGAGAGAGAGGUUUAAUCCUGAGUUGCUUGUGAUUUAAUAUUUAGAGUGAUCAGUUAUGAGAAAGUAGCAUUAACACAGUUAUGCUUUACACACACACAAUUAUGAAGUAUACGUCUGUGUGUGUGUGCCUGUGUGUGUGUUGUUGGCUUUUCUCUUCCUGACUUUUUUACUCUCACUUAGAUAUUGAGUGUCACAGAAUCUUGACAAGCAGAAAGAAAAGGACACACACACACACACACACACACACACACACACACACACACACACACACACACACACACACACACACACACAUUUCCAUUCAUUCAUUAAGUGAUUAUGCUGCAAUAAGGUUAGUGGUAAAGUUAGUGGUACAGAUUACAGAAUAAUAGACAGUUAAAUAGGUUCAUUCAGACACUCGUCAUAAACACUAGAGAAUUCACUUACAACUUUCUGUGUGUUUUGUUUUUGUACUAUGAUUCUACCAAUAUUUGUUUUUAGCAGUAAUUAAUUAGAUUAAUGUAUUUAUGUAUGAGUGGGGUGUAUUAUGUAUUUAGAUUUAAUGAUGUGGAGCAAGUCCACACAAAAAAAAAGAAGCAAAAAUAGCAAAUGGCAAAUGUCCACAGGGAGCUAUUAUGUCACACAAUGUGUGUGUGUGUGUGUGUGUGUGUGUGUGUGUGUGUGUGUGUAUUAUCCAUGAACUGACCAUGCCUGUGUAUGUGUUCCUGUUUAUUUCAUCACCCAGUCCUGUGUCUUUUAACAUUUCCCUGCUCCCUCCCUCUGCUUAUAAGCUCUUGAGUAUUUAAUUCACAUCUCUUUGCUUUUAUUCACACCAUGUUCCCUUCCAAGAACCACCAAGUGCUUUCCAUCGGCGUAGAUCUCAUUAAGAUUUUUAUCAGUUUUUUUUUUCUUUUUUCUGCCUUCUUGUUUGCCUGUUUAAUUUGAGUUACUCACUUUCUUACUCUGAGAUCCAGGUUGGUGCGGGAGCUGGUGUGUAUGUGUCAGGAUGUGUGUAGGUCAUUUAGAGACCUUGUGUGCUCACAUCAUUUGCAUGUUUCAUCAUCUUUAACCUUGUUCCUCCUCAAGUGUGCUUUUAGAAAAUGUCAUCUCAAGAUAUUUUUAAACAUGAGCGAGUUCUGAAAGUUGUUUACAAAGACGCCAUACUUUCUUUUAAAUCAGAAUUAAACCUGAAAACCAUCCUGA